AUGUCAAGCACGGAUGGAGGAUUGCCAGAACGUGAUGCUGAUUUGUCACUACCUCCAUUAAAAAAAUAUAAACGGUGGAAAGAAGAUGAUACCGCUCCGAUACCGACAAGAACAUUGCAACGAUGGGAGAGCAAUACACCUAAUAAUUCUAGCUUGAAUGAUAACUGUAGUGGUUGUACAUCAACAAGUAUUUUGAUUGCGGACCAUGUAACAGAAACCGGAGAUGACAAUUCAAGGUCAAACGAAUGUGAUAGUGAUUUUUCUAGUAGUGAUAGCAGUACUGAUAGUGAUACUGAGGAUUUUUCUGACAUGCAUGAUAGCGAUGAUGAUACAGAUAAUAGUGAUGUUGUAAUGAAUGAAGAUAAUCAUGAUACUGACAGUAAUUUGGAUGAAAAUGUUGAGGACACUUGCCAUGAUAGCGAUUUAAGUGAAGAAAAAUCUUCAAUACUUCAAUAUCUCUAUGAAAAUAGCACAAUAAGUACUGAUGAAAGUGUUUCAAUGAGGAAAACCUCAAUGAAGCACAAGAUUUAUUUUCGUCUUUUGUCGAAGAAGUUGAGACUUUAUAUGGAGAUCGAAAGUUAA